AUGACGGACAAUUCUGCCGCAGAGAAAGCAGCCCUGCAAGCUGUUUGGCCCCAGGGGACACAGCUGCUUUGCUUUUUUCAUGUUGCACAAGCAGAGUGGAGGUGGCUCACGGCAGGUCGCAACAACAUCGGAAAAGAGCAGAGAAGAAGUCUCAUGUCAGCAUUCCGGCAGAUCAUGUAUGCUGACAGCACUGAAAAGCUGGAGAGUGCUAUCAAAAACUUCCGAGAGAGUUCCCACACAUCAUAUCUAUCACGUGUGGAAGCCUUUUUGGACCGGAAAGAAGAGUGGGUGCUGUUGUUUCGUAGCAAGCUCACAACACGUGGCCACAACACCAAUAAUUUUGCAGAGGCUUCCAUUCGGAUUUUGAAAGAUAUUGUUCUUUCAAGAACAAAAGCAUUUAAUGCUGUGGCUCUAGUGGAGUCAAUAUCAGAAGUAUGGGAGCUCUACUUCAAGAGCAGAAUUUUAAAGCACGCGCACAACCGUGUCCCCACACACCAGCUGCUCUACGACAGCCUUCUGAAGAAAACACCAGAAGGAGCUCAGGCAUCAGUCGUCUCACUUGGGGACAACUGCUUUUUGGUGCCAAGCUUCCAAAAGAACGGCGAAAUUUAUGAUGUGUGCAGAGAUAUAGGCACGUGUACAUGCCGAGCUGGUUGCACAGAUGCCUUCUGCAAGCACCAGGCGCUUGUACACAAACAUUUUGGUGGUAUUUUUCCGAACUGCCCAGCACUGACAAUAACUGACCGCCAUGAACUGGGAAGACUGGCCCUCGGAGAUUUGUGCCCAGGCAUAGAGUUUUUUUCAAACUUCUGUGACACCAACGAAGUGCAAAGUGAGCAUGGCCCAGCACUUCAACAAGAAAUGUGUCCUGCUAAUGCAAACGAGAAUGAAGAGAGAGCAGACCCUCCAGCUGUCCUUGGACGAGAAGUGUGUCCAACAUCAGGCCUCGAGCAGCAAGACAGCCAGGUGUGUGCCACUUUCCAUGCUCAGGUUAAUCAAAAGUGGGUAUAAAGAUAUAUAGCAGCAAAUCGUGUCAAGUAAAAAACAUGUA